CUUAUUGGAAUGGUAUCAAUGGAAUUGUUCAAGAUAAGGUACUAGGUGCCCAAUAUUUAAAAACUGCUGCUUUGGCAGAUCAUCCUAAAGCUAGAGAAUUAUGUUUAGAAUAUAGAAUUUCGUAA